AUCUAUAUAUCGAUUAAUGAUGGGUAUAUCGUUGACCUACUCAUGUGACAGAUGUAAAAAAUUUGGUGUUUGGUGAAGAAAAAUUAUGAUAAGCCAGGUUGGAAGAGAGCUAUACAAAGUGCCGCAUCGCAUUUUAGACCACCGCGUAUUUAUCAACGGCGAAAUCGACAUAUUCUUGGAUAAUUUCGAACUGAAACGCAACGAUAGCGAAGUCGAGACACUUUUCCAGGUCACCGAAAUUGUGGGUUCACUAAAGUACGAUCUCUCCGAGCGCUGCAUUGCAUUAGGUAACCAAAGACUUACCGAACUUUCAACAGCUGUUAACAAUUUGCUAAACGGCGUUGAGACCCUGCUAGAGAAGGCCAAAGUUGAACGAAAACCCAGCGUUGAGCUACAGGAGGCAAGACGAGCACGUGAGCAACGCAAGGCGGAAUUUUUAAGUAAUUUACAACACAACUAUAAACGUAUUGAUAAUUCGUUCGAGGAGAAAGAAGAAGAAAUCGCCGAACUUUAUUCGGAUUUGCAGUUAAAAUUAAACAUUAACAAAUAAGUAAAUCUACAACAUGCUGAAGUCGACUAUUGUGGAUACUCGUGUUCGACUGCGGCCAUCCAAAAAACUAUUGAAUUUGCUGGACAAACAGAAGGAACAUUUGAAAGAGCUGCCUGCUAAUUUGGCUAAAAUCCUAGAGAAAAACGGAUAUAGCAUAGCCAAUAGUACUAGAAUAAUAAGAGAUGAUGAGAUAGUCUGUAAGCGACCACAAAUCGAUGUCAAGCUGCUGAAGAAACUGACUGCAAAUUUACCAGAUGUGCCUUCGAGCGCUCAAGAAAUUAAUGAAUUGCCAGAGGAGGAGGAGGAGGAACCAAAGCAGCCUCUUACUGGCGACUUUUUAUAUCUAAACGAUUUGCACUUUCUUAACUCAACACUUACCGAACUACGGAAGAACAAUAUAACUAAUGUAUAUCUGUAUGAGUUAAUUGAAAGCUGCGAGCUCAUACUGCCCGAGAAUGAGUACAAACCUCGCAAUCCUGAGCUGGAAGCGCGUUGCCAGCGGCUGCGCGAUGAGCAACAAAAUCGCGAAUAUCAUAAGAUGACCAAAAAUGUUGAUGCGACACUCAAGCAUAUUCCCGAGGAUACAGUAGCCUACCAAU